CCACCCAAAAAGAAGAAGGAAGCUGGGAAAAAGAAGUCAGCUAAAGGGAAAAAAAGUACAGCUGUGGUAGAUGGCAUAGCCACAGAGGAAAUGAGCAAGGAAGAGCUGGAGGAACAUAUUGUGCGUCUUCGAGAAGAACUAGAUCGGGAACGAGAGGAACGUAAUUAUUUCCAACUAGAACGUGACAAGAUUCACACCUUCUGGGAGAUCACAAGGCGUCAGCUAGAAGAGAAAAAAUGUGAACUACGCAACAAGGACCGUGAAAUGGAGGAGGCUGAAGAGAGACAUCAGGUGGAGAUAAAGGUGUACAAGCAGAAAGUAAAACAUUUGCUGUAUGAGCAUCAAAAUAACAUCUCAGAGUUAAAGGCAGAGGGAAGUGUAUCCAUGAAGCUGGCUCAGACAGAGCACCAUACUCAGGAGAGCUUGCUACGUAAGGAUAUGCGUGGACUAAAGGUGGAAAUCAAAGAGCAAGAGUUGGCCAAUGAAAUGGUUGUCAAGAACCUUAAAAUGAAACAAGAUGAAGAGACCACGCGAUUAAGGAACGACUUUGAAAGACAAGUACGAGAAAUUGAGGCUAAGUAUGAGAAGAAAAUGCGCAUAUUGCGAGAUGAGCUGGAACUACGCAGGAAGACAGAAAUCCAUGAGAUUGAGGAAAGAAAAAAUGGACAAAUCAAUACACUCAUGCGUAACCAUGAGAAGGCAUUCAGUGACAUCAAGAACUACUACAAUGACAUCACACUCAAUAACCUAGCUCUCAUCAAUUCACUUAAAGAACAGAUGGAAGAGAUGAAGAAGAAAGAAGAUCGCAUGGAAAAGGAGAUGGCUGACUUACAGCUUCAAAACCGUCGUCUUACUGAACCUCUGCAGAAGGCCAGAGAAGAGGUUACCGAGCUCAACAGGCAGCUAGCCAACUAUGAGAAAGAUAAGACAGCACUAGCAAAUACAAAGGCUCGCCUGAAAGCAACAGAGAAGGAACUGAAUGACCUGAAAUGGGAACAUGAGGUUCUAGAACAGAGGUUCCAAAAGGUGCAAAUGGAGCGGGAUGAGCUUUAUAAGAAAUUCACAGCUGCCAUUCAUGAGGUUCAACAGAAAAGUGGUUUUAAGAACCUGUUGUUGGAACGCAAACUGCAGGCUCUAGGUGAUGCUCUAGAAAAGAAGGAGGCACAACUUAAUGAGGUGCUUGCUGCCUCCAACCUAGAUCCCACGGCACUUGCAGUUGUCACACGCAAACUGGAGGAUGUUUUGGAUUCAAAAAAUGGUGCCAUCAAGGAUUUGCAGUAUGAGCUGGCAAGAGUUUGCAAGGCACACAAUGAUCUGCUCGGAACAUACGAGGCGAAGAUGAGAGCCUUUGGGAUUCCUGCUGAUGAGCUUGGCUUCAAACCUCUGGAAUGCCUGGUGCCUGGGCAGAAUUUUGGACAAGGCCCUGCAGGACUGGUUUCUGCCCCUACGUAAUGCAGAGUUUUAUCUCCAUUGUAAAAAUAUCCCUGGUUUCCUUCUGUUCAAACUUACAAUACAAAGAAUAUCAAUUUCU